CCUUCUCCACUUCGAUACCUUAACUCUUUUAAUUUUUUAAUCCCAUUUUAAAUUACUAAACAAAUCAUAAAAGGGUUUUUUUUUUUUUUUCUGAAUUAUUUGAGAUAUAGUUGUGUACUAUAUAGUUAUAGCAUAAAGAUACAUCCUCCUAUGUUGGUCUUUCUUGCUUUUCUUCGUUUCCAAUUGUUCUCUUUUGCUUCUGCUAUAUCGGAGACUCAGAGUCGACUUAUCUUUUGGGGUUUCACUGAGCAAGGAAUCGGACCAAAACGCUGCGAAUAAGUUAGCAUCACAAGUAUUUCUUCCAAGCAAAUCUACACCAGUAUGGAUCAUCAAGGGCAUGGACAGCCUCCAGCUCAAAUGGCAUAUGGCGUCAACCCAUAUAACCCUAACCAAAUGAUUGGAUCCUCCCAACCGGGAUCGGCCGUUGGAGCUAUGCAGUCUCCUACUCAGGCAGCCUCUUCAUCUCAGCUUGCACAAAGCCAACUUGCUUAUCAGCACAUCCACCACCAACAGCAGCAGCAACUGCAGCAACAGCUCCAAAAUUUUUGGGCAAAUCAGUACCAAGAGAUUGAGCAGAGUACAGAUUUCAAGAACCACAGCCUGCCAUUGGCUAGAAUUAAGAAGAUCAUGAAGGCUGAUGAGGAUGUCAGGAUGAUAUCAGCUGAAGCUCCUGUCAUAUUUGCCAGGGCCUGUGAAAUGUUCAUUCUAGAAUUGACGCUUCGGUCUUGGAAUCAUACAGAGGAGAACAAAAGGAGGACACUCCAGAAAAAUGACAUUGCAGCUGCAAUUACAAGGACUGAUAUAUUUGAUUUUCUGGUUGAUAUUGUCCCGAGGGAGGAUUUGAAAGAUGAAGUACUUGCUUCCAUCCCAAGAGGAGGGAGUGUUCCUGUUGGAGGAGGUGACGGUGUUCCCUAUUAUUACGUGCCAUCUCAGCAUGCUCCACAGGUUGGUGCUCCGGGGAUGAUGGUGGGGAAGCCUGUAAUGGAUCAAACACUUUAUGGCCAGCAGACUCGCCCUUACAUGACUCAGACGAUGUGGCCACAGCUUCAACAGGAGCAGCCACCCACAGAUUCUUGAGUGAUCGAAGACUAAGAAACAUGAAUUAAGGACAGUGCUUGUGAGUUAAUCAUGAUCUUUUGGGGUUGUAAUUUGAAAAUAAGCAGUAGAAAGUCGAUCACUUUGCUUAAUAUCUAUUUACUACAGUUACAAAAAGUGCUUGUUUUGGGCUUAUAUCGUUUUCUCCAAUUUUGUAAAAGGUGUGGUCUCUUCUUUAGUAUGUGAAAUAUAAAGGUUUCUCUAUUA